AGAAAGCAAUAAUAUUUGUGUGUUUUCUUUACCCCUAUCUGUCUCUCAUUCAAUGCUUAACCAAACUCAACACCACUCUUUUUUCUCUCCUUUCAACCCUUUUCCCAUUUCUUCCCUAUCUCCUCAUCCACCUUCUUCCUCCUCUCUUUCUAUCCAGGGAAUGGACUGUGUGGAGGGAGCGUUGAAAAGCAGUUUUAUGCCUGAGACACCGUUGAAAAUGACCCAAAACCAGGCCUAUGGGGAUGACUUGUUGACCACCGGUAACGGUCAAAGCGAAGACUUCUUUGUUGACGACCUUCUUGACUUUAAUGGCUUUGUUGAAGGUGAAGGAGACCAAGUACAGGAAGAAGAAAAUCAACGGGGAGAAGAAGAUAACUCUGUUCACAAACCAUUCCCUGUUUCGCCUCUGGAAAAAACAGAGGGUAAAGAAGUUGAGGUUGAAAAGGACAUAGUCACCAUUUCGGUUCCUGUUAAAGAAGAUUUUGCUUCUCUUCCUGUUAGUGAACUCACUGUUCCGGCGGAUGACUUGGAUAGCCUUGAAUGGUUGUCUCAUUUUGUUGAAGACUCGUUUACUGGAUACUCACAUGCUUAUCCAGCCGGAAAAUUACCGGUUAAGCCAGUUGAGAACCAGUCAAGCCAUGGAGAAACUCCGGUUCAAGAGAAGUCGUCCUGUUUUGCAACACCGGUUCAAACCAAAGCCAGAACCAAGCGUGGAAGGACAAGCAUUCGAGUUUGGCCAUGCGGUUCAGGUUCAUUAACCGAGUCAUCUUCUUCUUCAUCUUUAUCUUCAUCUUCAUCCACAACAACUAUGUCUUCAUCUCCUGCUACACCUUGGGUCCUUUACCCAACUCCGGUUCAUACUGCCGAGUCACCAGGCAAACCGCUUGCAAAAAAACCAAAGAAAAAACAGUCUGUUCAGGGUGGAAAUGGGCCACAGCAACCACGGCGGUGCAGUCAUUGUGGGGUUCAGAAAACCCCACAGUGGAGAGCCGGUCCAAUGGGUGCAAAAACUCUUUGUAACGCUUGUGGGGUCCGCUACAAAUCGGGUCGGCUGUUACCCGAAUACCGACCCGCAUGCAGCCCGACGUUUUCCAGUGAGUUGCAUUCGAACAAUCACAGGAAAGUUUUGGAGAUGCGGAGAAAGAAGGAAUCAGAAGAAAGCGGUUUAGCUCACCCGGUUCAGAGUUUUUGAAGAUGUUUUAAUCAUUUUAAGAAAAAAAAUAGAGGUGCUUGCAGUGUAGGGAAUUUUAAUUUUAGUUAGGAAAAAAGAAAAAAGAGAACCGGAGUGAAGGUAGUAGAAGGUAAAAAAACAGAGCAGGUUUAGUAAGAGAGUUAGACCCGGUUUAGAUUGUACAUUCCUAACAUGGACCCAUGAUUUGGUGAGGUAGGUUUCGAAGUUUAGUGUAACGGAUGAGAAGUCUUUGAUGUACUUUCCCUGAUAAAAUUCCCAGAAAAAAAGAAGGAAAAGAAACGCUUUUUUCAGAAAAAAAAGAAGGAGAGUCUUCUUAUUGCGUA